CCCGAUCACGGUGGAGGUGUACGAGAAGAUACACGCUAAAUAUGGUGUGUUUUUAUCGGUAAAUAUCAAAUUACUGUUGGUUUAUGUGAUCCUCACCCCUUCGGCUUCAACACAUGGUACCGAAACGGACAAAAUUGCGUCUGGAAGCAGGGCAAAUCCUCGUUUGUUGAGGCUGUUGUGCAGCUAGCUGGCUCAGUUUUGGAGACAUCAAAAGGCAACAUUCUUCUUCCCCGGCCGAGGCAGGGGGCUGCCUAGCCGAGUAAUGCUUCCGAGCUCACCGCGAGAAGAUGGAUGAAAAGUCCACAAACAGCCGACUUCUCAUCAUCCUGGUGAUGGUGGUGUUGUUCGGCGUGAUUGUGCUACAAUAUGUUUGUCCUAGCUCCGACUGCCAGUUGCUUCACCUGGGGUCAUUGUCCAAGUCUAGAGAGAACGCGCCGCAGUCGCAGGCUGGGGGAAUCGAUGCGGCUAACGGCGGGAGUACUGGAGACCCCUAUGUCGCCGAGGACGGUGCCAUGUCUCGCUUCGUGCCCCAUUUCAACUUCACCACAAAAGAUCUGGAUCGGGUCAUAGACUUUAACAUAAACGGCGACGAUGUUAUAGUGUUCCUGCACAUCCAAAAGACUGGCGGCACAACCUUCGGACGCCACCUAGUCCGCAACAUUCACUUGGAGAGGCCUUGCGAGUGUCACGCUGGCCAAAAGAAAUGUACCUGUUUCCGACCAGGGAAGAAGGAGACAUGGCUUUUCUCCAGGUUUUCCACCGGCUGGAGCUGCGGUUUACACGCAGACUGGACGGAGCUGACCAACUGUGUCCCCUCGAAGAUGAGCGUCCGCCAGCCUCCAGCGGAACCCCAUAAGCUACCAAGGAACUACCACUACAUAACGAUCCUGCGUGAUCCCGUAUGGCGCUACCUGAGUGAGUGGCGGCAUGUGCAGCGCGGUGCCACCUGGAAGGCCUCAGUGCACAUGUGCGACGGCCGAGCACCCACUUUAGACGAGCUGCCCAGCUGUUACCCGGGCGAUGACUGGUCUGGUUGCUCAUUGGACGACUUCAUGGCCUGCCCUUACAACCUGGCCAAUAACAGGCAGACGCGCAUGCUGGCAGACCUGAGUCUGGUGGGCUGCUACAACCUGACGGCCAUGAGCGACCGCGAGCGUGGUGCCGUGCUCCUGGAGUCGGCCAAGCGCAACCUGCGCCACAUGGCCUUCUUCGGCCUGACGGAGUACCAGCGCAAGACGCAGUACCUCUUCGAACACACCUUCCGACUAGCCUUCAUCGCCCCCUUCACACAGCUUAAUGGUACGCGCGCCGCCAGCGUGGAGGUGGAGCCUGAGACGCAGCGUCGGAUACGGCAGCUGAACCAGUGGGACGUGGAGCUGUACGAGUACGCCCGAGACCUCUUCCUCCAACGGUACCAGUUCGCCCGGCAGAAGGAGCGGCGUCAGGCCCGGGAGAGACGCCGCCAGCAGGCCCGGCGACUAAGGACUAAAGGCCAGCUGUCUGCACCUCCACCACCACCUGUACUUCCAGGUACCAGGGGAGGGGGAGCAGUGCUGGGUGCGAAGCCCAGCAAGGCACCACUAAGGCUGGGGAGGCCGCAGCAGCAACAGCAGCCUGUUGCGGAGGAGGAGGAGGAGGUGGAGGUGGAAGAGGGGGAGGACACAAACCAAAUUCGAUAUCCAAAUCAGAACCAGGUGUCGCCGGAGUGGCUGACGGAGGACCAAAGCAAGGGGGGGGAGUGGGAGGAGGGGGAUGCCCAGCCAUGGUGGGACGCGGACGGGAGCGACUCGCUGGAGGACUACCUGGACAAUGUGGAACAGUGGUGAGAGGCUUGAAGCCCCGCCAGAGACACAUGGGGCUCAACACGAAAUACUCUCUCGAGUCAUAACAUGGUACUGGUGAACAUGUGGGGCGCAAGCUGAACUGGGCAAAGAAAAGACGGAAAAGUCGGCCUCAGGGAUUGGUUGAAGCUGGCUUUUUCGUCUUGUUUGUCUAUGCCAUUGUGGUCCUGCUCCCUGGUCAGAGACUUGGAUGUGUGGCCUUUAACCUGUUUUAGCGUAAUCAGAAAUGCUCACUGGUUCAAAACAUGGUACUAGUGAACGAUUGAGGGUGGGUGAGGCCUUGCUAGAGACCUACUGGGACAAAUAGGGAGCGUUCACUCGUUCAUAACAUGGUACUAAUGAAUGAGUGAAUGUUUCAGAAAUGGUGAAACCAUAGACAUAGGCAUGUGGACAUCACAAAGUUAAGGUUCUAUCUGAAAUGCUGACUUGUACACAACAUGAUGCGCUACACAGGGAAACAAAAUGCAUAUCGUGGACUAUGUAUUGAACGAGUGAGCGAUUCAGAAACAGUGAAACCACAGGUACGGACAUCCUGGCUUCGCAAAAUAAGGCUCAGUCUGAAAUGUUGAGUUUCCACUACGUUGUGCACUUUGUAGGUAUGAAAGUAAUACAAAGGAUGCUCUGUGCGGUGAACUAUGUAUUGAACUAGCAAACAAUUCAGGGGUGUGUUUCUCCAAAGCGAAGUUGUUAGCUAGUUAGCAACUUCAGUAGUUGCCAAUGGGAAAUUACAUUGCAAACAAGGUAGCAACUUUGGUUUCGUGGAAUGCACCCCAGGGUAGUGUUUCUUGAAAAUGUAGUUGCUAGCCAGUUAGUAACAUGGGUUGUUUCCAAUGGGAAAUUGCAUUGCAAACAACAAAGGAGCUAACUUGGUUAGCAACUAUGGUUUUAAGAAAUGCACCCCAGAAACGGUGAGACCCGGGCCUGGAUAAAGAUGGCCUAGGGCACCUAGACUACAGGUUUCUGUGGGCCUCACCGCAAGGCAAAUUUCACGACAGAUUUACCCACACAUGUCAUAAUUACCAGCUAGGAAUUAAGAAUAACAUUUCUACCAACUGUCCUCAACCACAAUCAGGGGCCCCCUGGCAGAUAAGGGCACCUAUGCUACAGCCAUAUCUAGCCUGUGCGCUAAUCCGGGCCUGGUGAGACCAGAGAUGUUGUCAUGCAGGCUUCACAAAAGUAGUGUAACUUGCAGUGGCUUGUUUGUUCCAGUUGCUCAUAUCAUUUUCAUCAGCUUCAUCCUAAUCAACACUGCUCAUCUGUCUAUCUGCCUCAUGGGCUGUACCUGAGACCUUCUCUACAUUCAUUCCCUAUACACAGUGCUCUAUGUGGGUUACAUUUGCUGGAUCUCAAAUGGUGCACUUCUGUACUUCAGUGUUCAUGUUCCAGUGCAUAUGGCGUAUUAAUUAACACACAGUGCCCGAAGUGCAAAAGUGCACCCUCUGAGACACAGCAAUUGUUUUGUUUUCAGUGUAGUGCACUAGGUACAAGUGGACAUUUCAGGUUCAAACCCAGUUCAGAUUUGGUCAGCAGGAGAUUAGUGGUGGGGUGAAGCAAAGGUGUUUACUACUGAAAUUCAAAUAAACCUUUGUAUGGUUGGCCAGUUAUAAUUACAACCUCCAUGGUUGUUCAAGUCAAGCCGGAAGUCAGUGCACGUCAUUUUCAAAACUGUAUUUACAUGUUAUACACUUAACGGCCCGAAAAAUGGGUCACUAACCUGAGUCUAUACCGGGUGGAUAUUGGUACCAACCUAAAGCUGGCAAAAUACAAGUGUGCCGGGACACAGAAAUUUCAGAUACAGAAUGUCCAUCAACUGUUGCAUGGAUUGGUGAAAAGGCAAUGGUUAAUGGUUCACAUUUUGUAGGCCUACAGCCAAUUGCCAAGUCUGGUCCAUACACAUCAGGGUUUUUUUUAACCUUGUGAGGCCAAGGUGUCCAUUUCUGUGGUUUUACAUGAACAAAAGAGACAUGGAAAUCUGAACAGAAGAGUAAUGACCACUGAACCACCUCCGCCAUUAGGCUACGGGUCCCUGGCAGAAACUCAAAUCACAUCAGGCAGCCACAUACACCCAACUACUGUUGUAGCGGUACAAUACAAGACAUUUUACAGCUCUGCUGCAGUUUGCACACACUAUGCUCUGUUAUUGUAAUAAUAAUAUUAUUGAUGUCAUACAAGAACAAGUUUAAAGGUUUGUGGUACUGUACACUACAAUGUUAUAAGCGUGUAACAUAUUUAACUUGACUCUACAAAGUUCUCUUCUCAAUCUGUGUACAUCACAAUCAGUCCCCUUUUCCCCACAUCCCACCACCGAAUGUCCCAAUCGUGCUCCUGGACUAUAUAAAUACUGAACUGUAUGAUAUAAGCUUCCUCUUUUUAUACAGAAUCGAAACAAAAAAUGCCUUUUUUUGUCUGAUUGUUGGAAUGUUUUUGAUAUGCAUUAUGUCAAGAUUGUCAUGAAAUGAAUUUGAUUUAUUUUGUUCUACCGAUGUAUAUUGAGCUUCAUAUGUUAAGUUUUGCCAUUUACAAUUCAUUGUAUUUGUCCAAAACAAUAGACUGAAAAAAAGAUGGCACGUGAUGGGUGACUGGGUGACAGUUGUUAAUUGUUUACUACAAAUAAAUUUUGUAAUAACCUCGUAUCUACUUCUAUAUCUGGCUGGUGAAUUUAAUGGCCGUGCAACUUGACACUUGUUUUCCCUGCAAAUGUCUAUUACGGAAGCCACUGGCCUCUUAUUUUAAGUGGAGAAUGUUGUUUACUUGGAUACCUAGAAAUGUUUACAACUGAUAUGGACCACCCUCCGCAUGAUCCGGACGCCAUAUUUUUCUCUCUCUCAGCAGCACUAGAUGGCGCUCAUGUCCACUCA